GCGGGGCGGGCGGCACCAGACAGGACACUGGCACCGAUGGUACGGGGCCCCCAGGACCCCCUCAGCAGUUGUCGCCUGGCUGCAGCCCGAGGUCGCAGGAUGAGGAACCCGGUGGUGGCCCGGCUGCUGCUGGUGCCGGUGGUGGCCGCGGCAGCGUGGGCAGCCCCCCAGGCUGGGGGGCACAGCCCUGAGGUCCCCCCGCCCGCGAUGCUGGACCCUGAUCCUGACCUGCUGAGCCUGGAGCUGCUCACACCGACGCUGCUCCAGAGCGCGGUGCAGAGCCUGGGGCUGCCGGAGCAGGAUCCAGAGGCCAUGACACGGGAGCAGGCUCUGCUCUACCUCUUUGUGCUGCACGACCAUGACCGGAGUGGGUGCCUGGACGGGCUGGAGCUGCUGCAGCUGCUGGGGACGGUGCUGGCCCAGCGGGACGGGGGGCAGCCGGGUGCUGAGGCGGUGGCUGGGCUGGUGGACCGAGUCCUGGAGAGGCAUGACCUGAGUGGGGAUGGGCUGCUUGACCCCCCUGAGCUGCUGCUGGCACCCAGUGGGGGACAGGGACCCUCGGAGCGGCCCCUGCUGCAGCCCCCCAAGGAGCCAAUGGCUGGGGUUGUGCCCAGGGGGGAUGCAGAGGUGCCGGGGAGGGACAUGGGGGUGAAUGUUCUGGGAGAUGGCCCAACGGUCGGACAGGCAGACCCCCAGGAUGAAAUCCCCCAGGAUGAAACCAUGGAUGCAGAGGAAGCCCCUGAGACAGAAGCCCCCAGCGCUGAAGCUACAGAGGCAGACAAAGCCCCUGAGGGGGACCCUGGCGAGGGGUAGGGUGCAGGGGGAUCCCUGCCAUGCUCAGGGCAUGAAUUGGUGGGACGGUCCUUCCAAACCCCAUCAUGAGGGGUUAGGACUGGGCUACUAUCACCCCUGUAACAUCAUGGGAUGGAGAAAUAGAGGAGGUGGGGCCAGCGC